AUGGUGGCAGCGAUCCUUUUGCCGGUCGACCACGUCCCCCCUCCCCAACUUCGUAUUUCUUGCCAGGGCUCUAAUGAGGGUGAAGGAGCAGCCCGUAUAGUUGGAUCUAGUUGGAUCCUGGAUUCCAGUGUCCUUGGGACUCCGUACCAUGGUCGCAGAGAGUGGCAGGAUUAUAUGGGUCUUCUUCCUAGUCCCGGAUUUGCCGUCCACAUUGCUCAGGGAGUCGUCGAAAUUAUGCAUAAGAGAGGUGAUGGACCGCUGGAAGUGGUUGGCCAAGAAGUCGAAAAGGAGGCACAGCCUAGACUUGAAGAGUGCUAG